UUCUGCAGAAGGAGCUUUAUGGUUUUCAUUUGCUAACAUGUGUAGAAAUGAGUACAGAUGGCACGAAGGUUAAGAUUGCAUUUUGCAGCCCGAAGAAGCAACACCGAUCCACUGUCAGAAACCUCUGAAGAUGACUUGGAUAAUAAUAUUUAUAUGCAUUUCAAAAGAUCUUCACAGAAUUCUGCAUCUAAUGUCAUAGAAAUGAAACUGACUCCCAGGCAAGCAGUCUUUCCACCUGUAAUGCAAGAAAUAAUUAAUCAACAGCAAAGCGCAAGUGGUUCUUCGCUGCAAAAAAACAACAAAAAGAGCACUUCACUUCAGAUUUCCCUGCAGUCUAGAAAGUACAGUGGAUGUCUUCAGUCUGGUGAUACAGUGGCUACUAAUGAGGAUUCAUCAUUCACUGGUGUCGGCAAUGAAGGAAACUGUUCUGGGAGAAAUAUUGCUGAUUAUCCAUCUAACAUGAUAAAUACUACCAGCCACUUGAGCAGCACUACCAUGUUGAAUGGCAGUCUUGGCAGUAUUGCAGCCAGUGACAAUGGAUCCUUCAGUAGUGCUGGCAGUGACUAUGGAUCAUGCACAAGUACCACAAGUGAUGGAGGUUCACACUGCAACAGUGUCCUUAGUGACAAUAGUAGUUGCGCUCUUUCCACAGGUGAUGGUAUUUUUUAUAAUAGCAUUGUGUAUGAUAACUCUUCGUAUAGAAGAACUACAAACAAAUAUAAUUCCUAUAGGAAAGAUGCAUCUCAGGAAUGUUUGUGUCGAAGUAAUACUAUUUUUGACCAAGAUGGUUUGGAGCAAAUGAAAUUGUCAGCAAGGAGGAAAACUAAAGUUCCACUAAGACGUUGUUCAUCAUUGGUAAUUUUCCCUCGAAGCCCUUCCAGUACUCCACCAAUGUCUCCAACAAGCUCAGGUCCUCCACCACAGAGUGUGGCAUAUCAGACCUCACAUAAACUAGUUAUUUCUCCAAGUGACCUAGCACAACAUGAAAAUCAAACUGGUAAUAAGGAGUUUCUUUCAACAGCAGUCAAUGGACUUCGACUCUCUAAAUCUGCUUUUUCUCCUGGUGAGGUUAGAGAGAUUAGACCACUUUACUUGAAUACUUCAUUACAGGCCAAAAGUCAAGCCACAGAUAGUUCUGAGCAGGCAACUUGUGAAGAAACAUCUGAUGGCUUCUCUUGUAUUUCAGUUCACCUUACUCAAAAAGUAUCUACAUCAAGGGAUGAAAUGGUUAAUAGUUGUGGCAGUCCAGAAUCAAAUCUGAACUCUAGUGCAGAGUGCCCUCAUUUAAAACUGACACAUAGCACAUCUGCGUGUUUACCCUCAAAAAGCCAUUCAGAAUAUCGGAUUAAUGAAAACGAACUAAAAAGACCUAAUAUUCAAAUGAACAAAACCCACCAUUUUCUGCAAAGAAGCAUGUCCUUAGAAGGUUCUUGCCAGAAAGUUUCUUGCUAUUUAUCUAGCCUUAAAUACAAGUGUCCUAAGGCAGGGGCAUCUCACUUGCACAUACAGUUUCGACCUGGGAAUGAAGGAAAAACUAAUGGCUUUAAAAAAAGAAAUGGAAUUUCCAAAAGGGAAAUGUGUAACAGGACUUUGUGGAAGCCCCUCAAGACCAGAGAUGACUUCCUAGGCCAAGUGGAUGUUCCUCUUUAUCAGUUACCGACAGAAAAUCCAAGUAUGGAGAGACCAUACACAUUUAAGGAUUUUGUUCUUCAUCCAAGAAGUCACAAAUCAAAAGUUAAAGGUCAUCUUAGAUUAAAAAUGACUUACUUACCUAAAAAUAAUGGAUCUGAAGAAGAAAAUACAGAACAGGCAGAGGAAUUAGAGCCUGGCUGGAUUAUAUUGGACCAACCAGAUGCUGCUUGUCAGCUGCAACACCAGCAACAAGAAAUUCCUCCUCUACCUCCAGGCUGGGAAGAAAGGCAAGAUAUACUUGGCAGGACAUAUUAUGUCAACCAUGAAUUCAGAAGGACACAAUGGAAGAGACCAACUGCUCAGGACAGUACGGCUGAUGCAGAUCAUGGGAGCUUUCAGUUGGAAGCACAGCAUGCAUUUACUCAUCGGCAUCAAAUAUCAGAAGAUUCUGAAAAUCUAGACAACAGGGAUUCUCCUGAGAGCUGGGAAAUCAUAACUGAAGAUGAGGCAACUAUGUAUAGCAAUCAGAGUCUACAAAUGCCUCUGUCACAGUGUAAUUCUGAUGUACAGACUCAGCUUGCAGAAGAAUUGAAUACCAGACUUACUACCUCCGGGAGUUCAGCCAGUGGCCAACCAGCUUUUUACACUAAUCAUUCCAGCAGAAGAAGUAGUCUGCAGACAUACAGGGUUGAGGAACAGCCUGCACUUCCUGUGUUAUUGCCUACUUCAUCUGGAUUGCCUCCAGGUUGGGAAGAAAGACAAGAUGAAAAAGGACGUUCAUAUUACAUAGAUCACAAUUCCAGAACUACUACCUGGAUAAAGCCUGUUGUGCAGACUACAAUAGACACGGGCCAUCUAUCAACUGUCCAGAGUACUUCUACAGGACAGCAGCCACCAUCAAGUGAUUCAUCACAACCUGAAACAGAGCAAGGAUUACUCCCUAAAGGCUGGGAAGUCCGACAUGCACCAAAUGGGAGACCAUUCUUUAUUGAUCACAAUACCAAAACUACUACAUGGGAAGAUCCAAGAUUGAAAAUUCCAGCUCAUCUAAGGAGAAAGACCUCUCUAGAUCCCACAGAUCUAGGUCCCUUGCCACCAGGAUGGGAAGAGAGAACUCAUACAGAUGGAAGAAUAUUCUACAUAAACCACAACACAAAGAAGACACAAUGGGAAGAUCCACGACUACAGACUGCAGCAAUUACUGGACCAGCUGUGCCUUACUCCAGGGAUUACAAAAGAAAAUAUGAAUUCUUCAGAAAAAAGUUGAAGAAGCAGAGUGAUAUUCCAAAUAGAUUUGAAAUGAAAGUUCAUCGCACAACAAUCCUUGAAGAUUCUUAUAGAAGAAUUAUAGCUGUAAAAAGAGCAGAAUUCCUUAAAGCAAAACUCUGGAUCGAGUUUGAUGGUGAAAAAGGAUUAGAUUAUGGAGGAGUGGCAAGGGAAUGGUUCUUUCUUCUCUCUAAAGAAAUGUUUAAUCCCUAUUAUGGAUUGUUUGAAUAUUCUGCUACGGAUAACUAUACGCUGCAGAUCAAUCCAAAUUCUGGCUUGUGCAAUGAAGAUCAUCUCUCUUACUUCAAAUUUAUAGGUCGUGUAGCUGGAAUGGCUGUUUACCAUGGCAAGCUUUUGGAUGCCUUUUUUAUUCGGCCUUUUUACAAGAUGAUGCUUCAAAAACCAAUAACGCUUCAUGACAUGGAAUCUGUGGACAGUGAAUAUUACAAUUCUCUGAAAUGGAUUCUUGAAAAUGACCCAGCAGAAUUGGACCUCAGGUUUAUGGUUGAUGAAGAACUAUUUGGACAGACACAUCAACAUGAUUUGAAAAGUGGCGGAUCAGAAAUAGUAGUUACCAACAAGAACAAGCGAGACUAUAUUCACCUUGUAAUUCAGUGGAGGUUUGUGAGCAGAGUCCAGAAACAAAUGGCUGCCUUUAAGGAGGGAUUUUUUGAACUAAUACCACAAGACCUAAUCAAAAUUUUUGAUGAAAAUGAAUUAGAGUUAUUAAUGUGUGGACUAGGAGAUGUGGAUGUGGCUGACUGGAAACUACAUACAAAAUACAAAAAUGGCUACAGCAUAAAUCACCAAGUUAUACAGUGGUUUUGGAAGGCAGUGUUGAUGAUGGAUUCCGAAAAGCGAAUACGAUUACUUCAGUUUGUCACUGGCACAUCCCGUGUACCUAUGAAUGGAUUUGCUGAAUUAUAUGGUUCAAAUGGACCACAGUUGUUUACAAUCGAACAGUGGGGCACCCCUGAAAAACUGCCAAGAGCUCAUACUUGCUUUAAUCGCUUGGAUUUGCCUCCAUAUGACUCAUUUGAAGAUUUAUGGGAAAAACUCCUCUUAGCAAUUGAAAAUACUCAGGGUUUUGAUGGAGUUGAUUAGGCCACAAAUAGAAAUAGUGUAUGUUUGAAUUAACUUUCUGACAUUUCUUUCUAAGGGUUUACAAACAAAAUUAAGAUAAAAGGGAGCUACUGUUGUAUUCAGUUAUUUGGCUAUUGAACUUUCAAACUAUCAUUUAUCAAAUUCGUGUUGAAAAAAUUCCCUAUUUUUAAAGCACAUUUUGCUACUUCCAUAGUUCUAUAAAACUUGUUAGUGGCUACAGUAUGUACUUUGGAUAAGCUAAUACCACCUCAAGCUCAGUUAAAUAUAUUUUUCAGCAGUUGGCCUUUCUACAGUAUUCACCAGAUUGUCCUACAGUAAACUACUGAAGUGAAACUGUGAAGAAAAAGUAUAAAUUUAAAACUUGCUGAUCUAAGAGCAGUAAUUGAAGGGGUUAAAUGGUAUAAGGAGUAUUUAGUGUAUUGCAAUAUAUUCUGUGCUGCUUCAGGCUGUUUAUUACAGAUCUGCCCAAAGCACCUUACUAUUCAGCAUACUGGGUAAAACAGUGGGAAGUGGUUGUGUUUCCUACUUGCUGUCAGCUUGCAGAAUGUUGACUUGCUCAUUAUAAAGUUUAUUUUUUAUCUUUCUAACUUGGUUUUAUUGAAAUACAGUUUGACAAAACCAGGAAUUUUAUGAGAGACACAAGCAGCAUGUUUCUGAAUAGUUGUAAGAAAUUAUAAUCUUUGAUUUUUUUUUUAUAUAUAUAUAUAUAUAUAUAAUGGCAUUGGUUUCCUGGGUGUCUGUCGCAUUUUUGAUAAACAUAUAGUUUAACAAUUAUAUUUUCAGUUAAGACUUUUGCAGCAAAGUAAAUCUUAAAUCAGAAUUUGUAUGAAUGCCACAGAGUAUUAGUUAAUUUGGUAUUUAGAUGCCUUUAUUAUUCAUUCUCGCAGUAUUGCACAACAGAAUAAUAACAUGUUUACAGGGUUGUAUGGGCCAAAUUCAGCAAUCUGAUAUGUGCAGACUUCUCUGACAUCAUUGGAAGUUGUGCACAUGUAUCCAGGGCCGAAUUUGGCCCUAUAAUAUGUUUACAGAUUAUGCUAGUUCCUAUAGCUGCAUUUUUAUAUUUUUUAUUUCUUUCCUGUUAGUCUAGAAACCAAAUUUGUUAAUGUAUAACCAAAGUCAUAGCCAACAACGUGCAAUUUAUUGUAGAUCAGUUCUUCAUAAAUAUAAAGUGUGAUGUCUUUUGUAAAUGUGAUUAUUUUGUUAUCAAUGUUAGCCCUGGUUAUUUUGAUUAAGUGCUGGUUAAAAUGAAUUUCAAACUCUAUUCUGAAAAAUAUAGAAGUCUACACACCCUGACUUCCUUUCCUUUUGAACAACUUAUUACCAAGGAGGAAAUUAGAGGAAAUUAUGGUAUAUAGCUUUUGCCCAGCAAAUUUCUAUUUAGGUAGUUUUUAUAAAUAUGCAAAAACAAAGCGUAGCACAUCUCUGUAAAGACAUGUAAAUUGUGUAACAAAUAUAAUGGGUCUUAAUGGAUAUUUAAAAUCCUACUUUGUUUUAUUCUUUGAAUAGGUCUUUAAUGCUGAGAGCAUUACAUGUAAAUAAAGGUAACUUAUACAAAAUCUGAAUCUACGUACAUCUUUGUAAAACUUGGAAUGAUACAACAGUAAAUCUGUAUAGAUUUAAAUGUAGCAUUAUUUGUUGCGUAUUUUAUGAAAUAUUCACAUCUUGAAGCAUUAAAAUAAUUGUUCUAAUAAAGAUAGUGGUGCAUUUAA